AUGGCCGACGUCACGCCCGCCGCCGCCGCAGCAGGUCGAUUACUAAGAACGCUGGGGCUGCCGGAAUCACAGCGACAAAGUCUUGGUCUUCAGCGGGGCACCGGUGUUCCCGCUCCCGGCCGCUGCUCACACGGCGUCGCCUCUGCAGCAGUCCACGCUCUCCAUUGUUCGACAGAGGAAGCCCCUGAGGCGAUCUCGCCAACAAUUUCCCUCGAGCUCGAAGCUUGGCCUUCAGAGCCAUCAACGCCAUCCACCGCCGAGUCGUCCGAGUGUGAUUCCGUCGGCCCCUCGACGAUCCCCCCGGCCCUACGACGCAGGUAUUCGCACUAUUCGCCGCUUGGCAGGUUACGAGGCCAUUCGCGAACCAAUUCCCUCGACUCGACGGCGACAGACUCUUCCGUCGCCUCGUCUUCUUCCACAUCCUCCACGCGGUCACGCUGGAACAUCUUCGCGCCGGUGCUGGACGAAUUGACGGCCUCAAAUCACCGAUCCGACUACGCCAGCGACAAGAAGAGCAGGCAGUCAAGAGAGGUUUGGAGGGAGUACUGGUGA